AGUGCCAAAGUAGUUCCUCUUAAGAUUUCAGUGGCAACGUCGUACAAGAAUCAAAAGUAAACAACGAUGGCGUCUGACUCUCACUCAAAUUUGUUAUCUCAUAAUACAAACCUUGUCGAUGACUUUGAAGAAGCAUUCCAAGGUAUCAUCAGCGGUUUCACCAAGGAAGAUGGCUUAUCACACACCCAGGAUAAUAAAGAAGAAUUACGUACGGAUGCCGAACAGAACGUUGCAAAGUUCAUUGAAGUAGCCAAGCAAAUGGAAACAUUUUUCCUUCAAAGGCGCAUGCAAAUAUCUGUUCUGAAACCAGAACAGCUUGUCAAAGAGGAUUGCACAGAACUCAAACAGGAGUUGGCUAGGAAAGAUGAACUUAUCAAAAAGCAUUAUGAGAAAAUUUCAAUAUGGUUAAAUAUGUUGGGUGAACCACAACCUGGACCUGUGGCCAAUGGAACCCCCAUCCUCAGUGAAGGAGUACCUGCUCCACUACAGCAGCAACCAGGCAAUACAAUGCCAUUUCAGCAUCGAUAGCUUUACAAGAUGUAAAGAAAAUUUCUCGCGUUUAUUUCCUGAAUACUGUAUCAAAGUGAAUUUAAAACAUCUUUUGGAAAUCCUCACUCUGACUAAUGCGGCUUAGAACUUCAAUCAACGUACGUGUGGGUCUUCCCGUCAUUCCUAAAGGAUUUUUAUUGUCAAAUAAGAAAUCAAUUUUCUUUUUCCCAAUUCAUACCUUUAGCCAAGUAAGGCACAUCAGAGCCAUCGACCACUCCCCCAACGCCUGCGAUAUCAAGAUGCAUCCAAUGAGGAGCUUCUGUGAAUUCCUGUUCGGUAGAAAAUAAAUGUACGUUGUUCAUAUAA